AUGCAUGGCUUGCGCGAGGAGGCAAUCGCAGUGGUUUGAAUCUGCUCAUUAAAGUCUCAUUUAUUUCUCCUCCCAUUUUCCCCAUGUUUCCUAGGUCACUGAAAAUUGCAGCAAUAGUAAUGCAUUGUAAGGCGUUGGAAGCGGAGAUACGGUGCGCAAGCAAGUGAGAGUCUAGCUGAGAAGCAUGGAGGUUGAGCGGGCUCUGAAGGAAUCAAGAGAAGCAUUUGAGAGCGGGGUAACAAGGAGUUAUUCAUGGAGGAUGUCUCAGCUCAGGGCUCUGAAGGCUAUUCUCAUCGAGAAAGAGGCCGACAUCUUCGAGGCUCUUAAGCUUGAUCUUGGCAAACAUCGGAUCGAAGCAUAUAGAGAUGAGGUAGGAUUGAUGAUCAAAUCUGUGGACAAUGCGCUUCGAAAUCUCAAAAAAUGGAUGGCGCCCAAAAAGGUUGAUUUGCCGCUCUUAUACUUUCCAGCCGCCGGAGAGAUUGUGGCAGAGCCGCUCGGUGUAGUUCUUAUUUUCUCUACGUGGAACUUCCCCAUAGGAUUGUCGUUUGAGCCACUGAUUGGAGCUAUAUCAGCUGGAAAUGUUGUAGUCAUGAAACCCUCAGAGCUUGCUUCUGCUUCCUCCAACUUUCUGGCAACCAACCUGCCCAAAUAUUUGGAUAAUUCCGUGAAGGUUAUAGAAGGUGGUCCUCACAUUGGAGAACAACUCUUGAAACACAAAUGGGAUAAGAUCUUCUUCACUGGGAGCUCAAGAGUUGGAAGGAUUGUUAUGACUGCUGCUGCUAAGCAUUUGACUCCAGUCUCACUUGAGCUUGGAGGAAAAUGCCCUGCCAUUAUAGAUACACUCUCAAGAGCAAGAGAUAUAGAGGUGACCAUAAACAGAGUUGCUGGAGCAAAGUGGGGUCUUUGCGGUGGCCAGGCAUGCAUAGCAAUUGAUUAUUUGCUUGUGGAAGAGAAAUUUGCACCCCUUCUGGUUGACCGGCUUAAGGCAAAGAUCAAGAAAUUGUACAAUGAUCCUGAGAACACUGCAAGGAUUGUUCACGGGCAACAUUUUCAAAGACUAAGGGACAUUCUCAAUGACCCUGCUGUUGCUGCCUCUGUUGUGUAUGGUGGUUCAUCAAACGCUGAAGGCCUGUUAAUUGAGCCGACAAUUCUGCUAGACCCCCCUUUAGAUUCUGAGAUCAUGAGAGAGGAGAUUUUCGGGCCAAUGCUUCCUAUAAUCACACUAAAGAAGAUUGAAGAUAGCAUUGAAUUUUUGAAAGCGAGACCACAGCCUCUGGUCAUUUAUGCUUUUACAGUUGAUGAAAGGCUGAAGAGGAGGAUCGUUGAAGAAACGUCAUCAGGCGGCAUCACUUUUAAUGAUGCAAUGAUACAAUUUGCAGCAGACUCACUACCCUUUGGGGGUAUCGGCGAAAGCGGCCUCGGAAAAUACCACGGAAAGUACUCCUUCGACCAAUUCAGCCAUGGAAAAGCCAUAUUGAGAAGAAGCUUUCUCAUAGAAUUUUCGUUUAGAUAUCCUCCUUGGAGUGAGUGGAAGCUCAAGUUAAUCAGAUAUGCUUUUAGAUUUUACUAUAUUGGUAUCCUGCUAAUGUUUCUUGGACUGGAGAGAUGAGAGAUGAGGGGCAGUGGAAUAGAAUUCAUAUCUGUCACCUUUUUAUGCAGCCAAGUUAGGAGUUAUGUUGGUGAAAGAUGAAGUCUUCUUUAUUGUUGUUUUAUGCAGAUUUGUUGGUGGUUUUGUAUGUAGUUAAAUCUGGAUUUAUGAGGGGGAACAGUGAAGUCUGUUACUAGCUUCAAUUUGUUGUCUUACAAGUAUUGCUGAAGUGAUAAAUAAGACGGAGACUUGUAUAAUUUAUCAAAUAUUUAUGAGUGUGAUUAAAAAAA